GGUCGCUGCUUGUUAAGCACGGCUUGGCGCUCUGUUAGCCUGCAUGUGGUGUAAUCAAGAUAUUAUUUCUUAAAUAGUUUUGGAAAAAUAAUCGUUGAAUUGACCAUGAAAGUGUAGAGUGCGUAAACGAUUAAAUGUAAUAUGUACAACAUCGUGACCGGCCACAAGGUUUUAUAAAGGUUCGCUAAUCGAUCAUGUUAGUUUAAAUCGUCUUUAGUUUAAUUAGUUACGUGGUGGCACGAUGACUGCUGUUAGCCUGCAGGAGCAAGCGGAAGCGGCGGAUCGAGCUCAGAUGCUCAAGAAGAUCCUGAGUGCCACAUUCUAUGCAGUAGCGUCGUUUAUGAUCACAGUGGUGAAUAAGACAGUGUUGACGACCUAUGGAUUCCCCUCAUAUCAAGUUCUUGGCCUGGGACAGAUGGUGGCGACAAUCACAGUGCUAUUCGUCGGCCGGUCUCUCAAUGUAGUGCAAUUCCCGCCUCUUAAUGGUGGCACCUUCAAGCGUAUCUGGCCUCUGCCAGUCAUCUACUUGGGAAACAUGGCAACUGGACUAGGCGGUACCAAGGAACUGAGCUUGCCAAUGUUCACGGCCUUACGACGCUUCAGUAUACUGAUGACGAUGCUGGCUGAGCGGUUUGUACUGGGAGUGCAUGCCUCUUGUUCAGUACAAACCAGUGUCUAUGCUAUGGUGGGCGGAGCUCUGCUGGCAGCCGCUGACGACGUCACAUUCUCAUGGUCUGGGUACACACUGGUGCUGCUCAAUGAUGCAUUCACAGCUUCAAAUGGAGUGUACAUGAAGAAGAAGUUGGAUGCUAAAGAUCUUGGUAAAUAUGGGCUGAUGUAUUACAAUGCUUUGUUCAUGAUAGUCCCUGCAGCUAUUAUUGCGUGGGCUACUGGAGACCUGCACAAGUCAAGUGAGUACCCAAACUGGUCAGACUCACUAUUCCUUGCACAGUUCAUGAUGUCUUGUGUGAUGGGCUUUAUUCUGUCAUACAGUGUCAUGCUUUGCACUCAGUACAACAGUGCACUAACUACAACAAUCAUUGGGUGCCUGAAGAAUAUUCUAGUUACAUAUUUGGGUAUGGUGAUAGGGGGAGACUAUGUGUUUUCUUUGUUGAACUUUGUAGGGCUCAACAUCAGUGUGCUGGCUAGCUUGUUGUACACCUAUGUCACAUUCAAGCGCAAGCCUUCUCCGUCUUACAUGCUUGUGCCUACUCCUAAAGUGGACACGGUAUAGCAGUUCCGAAAAAGGAGGCCGACUCAGUGCUCUACAUAUUUAGUAUAGUAUUGAAGAUGGUGCCAAAGAUGACUGACUGUAACAGUGAGUAGUAUAUUGUGUAAAUAUGUUUCACUCACAUGUGACUUGCUGGGGGAGCCCCAGCAUUCCUCCGAGAGUAAGUGGAGAUCUAGAGAUCUUUAACAGUUAUCAAGUAAACAAACAAUAACAUACAAAUUCUGCAAAUUUUGGUCAGUGAAUGUGCUCAUGUGUUGGUAGUUGCAAUAGCCACAUCUCUGGGGCUUAUUCAUUACAGUACAUGUUUAAUAUAGAUAUAAACAGGUUUUUAUAUUUUGUAUUGAUAUAUUUGCCAUUAUUGUAAAGAUAUAUUAUCUUCUGUGUUAAAUAAUUCUAUAUUUUGAAGUAAAAAAAUAAUAUACUGUUAAGUAAAGAGUAAUAAAAUAAUUUAUUUCAAUGUUCUUUUGAGAAGCAAUAUUUUUUGCAAUUUAGUCGUUAAUAUUAAAUGCUUUACAUAAAUUUGUAACAAUUAGCCAAUAACAUUGUAUAAAAAGGAAGAAAAAGUGUAGGAGUGGUAUCACAUCACUUGUCAUGAGGACAUUGUGUCUGUUAUGCAGGAAGGUACUCAAAAAAAUGCUGUUUUGAUUUCCCAUCCAAGCAUUUUAUACCUACAUAUUUGCUUAUAAAUGAGAUAUACAAGCUUUGAAAUUUAAAUCCCAAAACAAUGAAGCAGAUAAACAAUAAUGUGGAUUAGGCAGAAAUCCCUUGGAAUGAAUGAACAAAGGGGGAGAAGAAGGAAAAAAGGCUCAUGUAGGCCUUUUUCUUUCACACAAUAUGCUCCUCUAGUGUAAUGUUGCAUAUCGUAGUGAUCACAAUCCAUCAGGUGUACACAUGCAAAUAUAAUGAUGUAGAACAUCUAGGGAGACACCUAAAAAUUCGAGAUAUAGAGUUUUCAACUUAUGGAGGAUUUUGAUUCGACAUAAAGAGUUUGAGGUUUAUUCUUAUACAUUUUUCAGUUAGAGAGGUAAAAUAUAUAAAAUACAACUAGCAGACGUGACAAACAUAUUUUUAUCUAUACUACUAUUAAAAAGAGGUAAAAUUUGUAAGUUUGCUGGUAGGGGGUAAUUUUUGGAAAGCUGGUCGGAUUUCCUAAAUUCUUUCACUAAUUGAUAGCUACAAUGUUCCCUGGUGCUAUUGGCUAUAAAACAUUACGCUACAGUUAUAUUGAACCGAGCAGCGAUUGAAACAGCGCGGGAGUAGCUAGUUUAUUAUAAAUCUAUAUAUAGCAUUAAUAAGUCUGUUUUUUUUGCUUUAGAUAAUUUGGUUGUUCUCUUCAUCCAUAGCAUUAUUUAUUUAUCUAUUUAUCGUAUACUCCUAAAAUGUUUUCUAAGAAACAAUAGUGUACUCACAUUGUCGGCAAGUUCUUAAAGUAACUUAUUUUUGUUAGAACAAUAGAGGUAAUAAAUACCAAGUGAUCAAAUAAUUGUAAAGGUUGUAAAAUAAACCAUUGCUAUGUUUGAGAUACAGAGGUCAAAUUUACUUAGUUUUACGAAUUACAGAGUGAAAAUAUGUACCAAAAUUUAAUUUUCGACUAACAGAGGGUCAAUAUUUCAAGUAAAGGUUUUGGUGUUUGAAGGGAAG